UUUGUGGGAAUAGAAAGAGGAAGAAAAUAGAAGUCAGACUGUGGGAACGGAAGUGAGCCGCAUUUCCUCUCUCUCGCUCUCUCCAUCGCUUCUCUUCCGAUCCAAACCCUAACCCUUGAAUUCUCUUCGCGCCAUGGCGACCUCUGCUGCUCUCUUCCUCUCUCCUGCCCCCGCGAGCUUCUCUCGCGCGUCCCAUCUCUCUCGUUCUUGUAUCCUCUCUCUUCGGGUCGCGACGCAGCUUCGAAUCCGGUGCGUCUCUUCUUCUAUCGAUUCUUCUAACGCCUCCGCCGUCGUAGAAAAGCACUCUUCUUCAUUGAAGACUAAUAAAUGGCAAUGGAAGUUUGAUGGCAAUUCUGUCAACGUGUACUAUGAGGAAUAUGAAGGGGGGAGUGCUGCCAAUGUCAAGAAUAUUCUAAUGAUACCAACGAUCUCGGAUGUUAGCACUGUUGAGGAAUGGAGAACAGUUGCUAAAGAUAUUGUUGCACGAGAAGAAGUCAAAUGCUGUGCUACCAUAGUUGAUUGGCCUGGUUUGGGUUAUUCAGACAGGCCCUUUCUUAAUUAUAAUGCUGACACCAUGGAGGAUUUCUUAGUUCAAUUUAUGAAUGCCCCGAAUAGCCCAUUGACACAGUCAGAUGCCGAGUUGGUAAUUUUUGGUGGAGGACAUGCAGCAACUAUAGCACUUCGUGCAGCUGGGAAGGGUCUAAUCAAGCCGUCAGCUAUUGCAGCUGUUGCACCUACUUGGGCUGGUCCCCUGCCUAUUGUCUUUGGUCGAAGUGAAUCCAUGGAAUCAAGGUAUGGGUUCUUGAGGGGAACCCUAAGAGCGCCGGCGGUUGGUUGGAUGAUGUAUAACGUGCUUGUGAGCAAUGAAAAGGCCAUUGAAUCACAGUAUAAGUCCCAUGUAUAUGCAGAUCCAGAAAAUGUAACCCCCAGCAUUGUUCAGAGCAGAUAUGCGCUGACAAAACAGAAAGGUGCUCGAUAUGUGCCAGCUGCUUUUCUGACUGGCCUUCUUGAUCCUGUUACAUCUCGGGAGGAGUUCCUCAAGCUUUUUGCUGAGCUGGAUGGGAAGAUACCAAUUCUAGUUGUAUCGACUGCAAAUGCUCCCAAGAGGUCCAAGGCUGAGAUGGAUGCUCUCAGAGGGGCCAAAGGCCUUACCAAGUUUGUGGAGGUACCAGGCGCACUCCUCCCACAGGAGGAGUAUCCUUUCACCAUCGCAGAAGAGCUGUACAAGUUUUUGCAGGAGAGUUUUGCAUAAAAAGCUGAAUGAAGAUGGCAAUUUUGAACUAGACAUAACAGUUAAAUUUGUAUUUGAAAUUUUAUAUUUUCUUACUUGAAUAAAUUCAUAAAUUAGAAGUUAAGCUCAGAAUUGGAAGUUCUCAAAGUUUUAAAUUUUACCACCUUUUGCAUU